CCGACCCAGAAUGCAUUUUGACAAGGUCUUUGAAAAAGCGGCGCGGCUAAUUCAAGAUGGCGGAGAUGGACCAGCUGUUAGACGAGAGCUCUUCAGCAGAGGCACUCGUCAGUCUGAAAGAGGGCAGUUUGUCCAACACUCUGAAUGAAAAAAACAGCUUCCCGAGAGCUCACAACACCAGGGGACGGCAUUCCUCUGUCACAAUGGACACGCCCACACGGAGCUCAAAGAGGAGCCGUUUGUUUCGGGAUGAAGAUGAGCCGCCACAGCAGCGUCUCCCUUCCAGAUCCCCUCGGAGGAGCCAGAGGGUCACUACCACGCCACAGAAGUUUUCCACUGUCGUGACACCAGAUAAGAAGGCAUCCCAGAAAAUAGGGCUCAGAUUAAGAAACCUCCUCAAACUUCCCAAAGCUCACAAAUGGUGCAUCUACGAAUGGUUCUACUCCAAUAUUGACAGACCUCUUUUUGAGGGCGACAAUGAAUUCUGCCUCUGUCUCAAAGAGUCUUUUCCCAACCUGAAAACAAGAAAACUGACAAGAGUCGAGUGGGGAACAAUCAGGAGACUGAUGGGGAAACCGCGACGGUGUUCGUCAGCAUUCUUUGCUGAGGAGCGAACGGCGCUGAGACAGAAGCGGCAGAAAAUGCGGCUGCUGCAGCAAAGAAAACUCUCAGAUGUGUCGAACUGCAAAGACCUUCCUGAAGAAAUCCCCCUGCCCCUCAUCAUAGGAACCAAAGUCACCGCUCGACUCCGGGGCGUCCAUGAUGGUCUGUUCACAGGGCAGAUUGAUGCAGUUGACACUAGCGCUGCCACCUAUCGCGUCACCUUUGACCGGAGUGGCCUGGGAACACACACUGUGCCUGAUUAUGAAGUCCUGAGCAACGAACCCAAUGAAACCAUGCCUAUUUCAGCCUUCGCCCAGAAGCACCGGUCGACACGCUUCAUGCAGAACCUCAUGACUCCGCCUAGAGGGCCCUACCCGUCCACUACCACUCCUGUCCACAUGGACAAUGACCCUCUUAUCAACCAGUCACCAUGGAGGAACAAACUGCCCGGUACUGAGGGAGAUACACUGGGAGGAUUUCCUGUUAAGUUCCUGGUCCAAGUGACAAGGCUGUCCAAAAUCCUCAUGAUCAAGAAAGAGCACAUUAAACACUUGAAAGAGAUGAACACAGAGGCUGAGAAACUGAAGUCGUACUCUAUGCCUAUUGACCUGGACUUCCAGAAACGAUACGCCACCACCGUGCUUGAACUGGAGCAGCUGAAUAAAGAUCUGAACAAGGUGCUUCAUGAAGUUCAGCAGUUCUGCUGUGAACUUGCUCCAGAUCAGGGCAUGGUUCCAGCCGACCAUCCCACGGAGCUGCGGCGACGCUGUGAAGAAGAAGCCCAGCAGAUGGUGCAGCUCAGUAACUCUCUGAAGGACGGACAGCAGAGUGUGACAAACCCCGGCCUCACACACCUCAUCUCCCGCCUCACUGCCCUGCUCCUACAGAUCAAGUGUCUGGCAGAUGGAGGAGAUUUGAAUUCAUUUGAGUUUAAAUCUCUAACAGACUCCCUCAAUGACAUCAAGGCAUCGAUCGAUCCCUCCAACAACAGUUGCUUCCAGAAUAACGUUGAGAUCCACGUGGCGCACAUCCAGAGUGGCCUUAGUCAGCUGGGCAACCUGCAUGCAUUCGCUGCCAACAACACCAAUGCAGUCUGAGAAGCUGCAUCGUCCUGACCACACACACACACACACACACACACACACACACACACACACACACACACACAGGUGCAUGCACACACGCAGAGGUGUGGUACGUUCAUGUUGUCUUUUGAAAUGGUGCUUUCACCUGAACUGAUAAGACUACAAACAAACAAACAAAAAAGGCUCAUGUUGAUGUUGUGGAUCACCGCCAUGCUGUCCGAAUUUAGACGCCCCCCAUUGAAACAGCUCACACUUCUGCACAGAUCGAGUUUUCACGGAGGACGUCAGACGUUUUAUCCACCCAGUUUUAUCGUACGGAAAUGUUUGCGCACCCGACUGAACACAAGCCUGAAAGAGUCUUCAGCUAUUCGCCACAAUCCACGUCUGCAAAAUUCUGAAAUCAUUAUUUAUUGGUUUCACGUGCCAAACAUCGAUUCUAACCGUUUUUAUAGUCCAUAUUUAUUUAUUUUUGGGUAGGUGUGUAUGGUUCUGAAACAAUAUUUUGCUAUCUCUCUGGACGUUUCCCCCCUGUACGUGUUGUUGCUCCACUGAUGGUAAGCAUAGGGGAAGCUAAAGAAUGUUUUAUAAAAUUGUUUAUUGUAGAUAAUUGUACAAUAUCUCUGAUUAUUAGGACUAUUGUCGACAUUUCUGCCGCGUAUUCAGAAAUGUAUUUUGUAAUUUUGUGUGCACUGAGAAGAGAUUUUGGUAUUUUUAUAAAGGAGAACUCUGGGGUUUUGAUGCCUUUUACUCCCUAAGAUCUUAGCAUUUCCACAGUUUCCACAUUUGGCAUGGCUGUUGCUGCAACCUCCCCUCACCCCCUCCGAUACACACUAAGCCUGAUGUAACCCUGAAAACUCAACAGUUGUUUCCUAGAGAAUCUCCUUUUUCAGUUUUGUAAAGUUGUAUAUGAGAGUGCCUCAGGGCAAUUGUAUAUAAAGGUUUCUGUCUUUUUAUAUUAAACAUAAUAUUGCAACGCA